GGGGUGGGGGUUGAGAGUGGCCUGAGAUGAGCCUGCGGUCCCAUGAGCUCUAGUCUCCUUCAGUACUCCUUUUAAUGGGGAUUAGUUGGGUAGAGAGGACCACAUCCUCGUCCCCUCUCUUCCACUUCCUUCAAUCCUAUCUUCGUUGCUGCUGUUCAUGUUCUUCACUCCUUUCUCUCUAGAUUUCUGUGUUUUCUCCGGCUGAAGGCCAUGGGAAGGAGCUGAGAGAAGAUGUGGCAGUAAAGAAGACAGUCGAAGAGAAGAACUUCUUUGGAGAGGAGUAGCUGCUGCAUAUGCUCUUGAGGGAGUCGUCAUCCCAGAGCUUCUGCGUGAUGGCCCAUCAGUCCCACUACGGUGAAUUCUCCACCGGUGUCGACGCCACGAUGCAGGGCUUCGAUCACCACCACGAGCUCUUGGGCGUCCAAGCCGGGAUGGAGACGCUCGGGGUCCCUUCCAAGCAACAAAGCUCUCGCCUCGCCGGAGGCUUCCUUCCCCGAGACUUUCCUGAAGCAUCAAACAAGCAUCGACCCUCGGCGAGCCCGUGGCCGGUGGACGACCCCUCUUUGGGGUCUCUGUUCCCGUGGGAAGGAAGGGUCUCCGUUCCCUUCCUCAACGCCAGGCACUCAGAUGCAGUGGCCGUACCUCAACCUCCGCAACAGUGCGUUCCCGGAGAUAGGUUGCAGAUAGGAUCAGCAUACCUUCAACAACAGCAGCAGCUCUUCGUGCAGGAUGGCCGGGUGGGUUUCCAUCCACAGCAGCCGCUUCAGUUAAGGAACUCGAAGUUCCUGAGACCAGCUCAGGAGCUGCUGAGUGAGUUCUGCAGUCUCAGAGGGGAGAUCAGUUCCAAGAGGAGGCCUAACAAGACAAGCCUCGAGGAUGAAGAAAAGGCUUCUCUCUCUUCUUCAUGGAAUCAAUCCUUACACUCCAUGGACCUUCUGGAGCUCCAAAAGAUAAAAGCUAAGCUAUCGUCCAUGAUAGCGGAGGUAGACAAGAGAUACAGAAAAUACUGCGAGCAGAUGAGGACUGUAACAGCGUCGUUCGAGGCUGUGGCUGGGAAAGAAGCAGCGAGAGUGUAUUCGGCGUUGGCACAUAGGGCCAUGUCGAGGCACUUUAGGUGUUUGAGGGAUGGGAUAGUAGGUCAGAUUCACGCAGCCAAGAAGGCAAUGGGGGAGAAGGAUCCGACCGCCGCGGGGACGACGCGGGGCGAGACGCCGAGGCUCAAGCUGCUCGACAAGUGCAUACGGCAGCAGAAGGCGUUUCAGCAGGGGAUGAUGGAGCAGCCCCCAUGGCGGCCUCAGCGAGGCCUUCCCGAACGCGCCGUCUCCAUUCUGCGCGCUUGGCUCUUCGAGCAUUUCCUCCACCCGUAUCCAAAUGAUGUUGAUAAGCACAUCUUAGCCAGGCAAACUGGAUUGUCAAGAAGCCAGGUCUCCAAUUGGUUCAUAAAUGCAAGGGUGAGGCUGUGGAAGCCAAUGGUUGAGGAGAUGUACCUGGAAGAGACGAAGGAGCUGGAUAACCAGUCUAACCAAGCAGCGAAUGGACCUGAAGACAGUGACAACCCCAACUCCAACCUCAGCUUCGACCAGAAACCCUUGCCGGCGCAGCUACUCGUCGACUCCGAAUCGCUCUCCUCCAUCAUCAACAGCGGCCACCACGGCCAUCAAAGGAACGAUCUGAUCAGCAGCACUCACCACCAGGAUUUUGGUGUGGUUGGCGACUUGGACUUCUACAACAGCCGCAGCAGUGAUAACUCGAGGGCUGGUGUGUCCUUAACGUUGGGUCUCCAGCAGCACAAUGGGGGAGGCAUGAGCUUCUCUCUGCUGCCGAACUCUCAGCCCUCACUUCUCUUCUCCAGAGAGACCAUUGAUGGCGACCAACAGGCUCAAUUCUCCAUUUUGGAUGGGGAGGCAGAGAACCUUCGUUACAGGAACCUGAUGGGAGCUCAGUUGCUGCAUGACUUGGCAAGAUAGAAGGUUCCUUGGAAUGGUGGAAAUAUAUGCAAAGAAGAACAUCAACCAGUAGAUGAGUUGUAUACCUGUUUUCUCAUUGUUUUUGGCAAGUAAGAUAAAUCUGUGCAUGCACCCUCCAUUUGUGGUGGCUUCGUCAAUGUUGGCACUUCAUGCCACCAAUAAAUAAAGAUUGUGGAUAUAUAUUGCAAUGCCAUACAUAUAUCCAGGCAUGUAUACUUGACAAUUUUGGACAUACGUAUUUGGAAUUAGAGAUGCAUAUAUAGUA